UGUCAUUGCAUUGUACAAUGUUUAUUUUAUUCAACCACUGUAUUUCUACUAAUUUUCUAGUGAUUGCACAGACAAGUCAUUUUGCUCUCUAUCAUCACUGUGAAAGCAAGAUAAAUGGAGGGUGAUAGUGGUGUCGUUAUUGGCACAUACGAGAACAGCUUGGUAGGCAUCAACAUUGUAGCAGAGGAUGGAGAGUCUCUGUCAACGCAAUUGAAGUUUACUAAUCAGUGCCACGUUGGACAUGUUUUAUCAGUGGCGGCCCAUUCUCAGUUUAUUGCUUCUGGUGGAGAUGAUGAAACAAUCCGUCUGCUAGACAUUCGCAAAGGCGUUGAGUUAGGCACUUUGAUUCAUCAUGAAGGCUCCCUGAACAAGUUGGUAUUCCAUGAGUCUGCAGGAACAUUAUUUCUUGUUUGUGCCAGUGUUGAUGGGACCAUAUCCAUAUGGAAAUGUGCACAAUGGGACUGUCUGCAUGCCUUGACGGGUCAUAAGGGAGCAGUGUCUAGUCUUGAUGUACAUCCGUCGGGCCGUUUUCUGCUCUCGGUCGGUGUUGACCGGACGCUGAUGACUUGGAAUCUGAUGACGGGUCGGCAAGCGUUCAUAACCAGAUUGCCAAAGGCCGCCACCGAUGUGAAGUUCUCUCCAAAUGGAAACUGCUUCUAUUUGGUCUUUGGCAGUAAAGUGGAUGUAUAUGAUACAGCAUCAGUAGCGGUAAAAUGUUCUUUGGAAUGUGAGUCACCAAUCUCAUCUCUCACCUGGUGGUCCGAUGAUCAGCUGCUGACAGGGCAUCAGGAUGGAAAGCUCAUCCUGUUUACUAUUGGGGACAAGGAGGCAACCCAGCGUGCUGUGUCGGAGGAUGCUCACAAGAACCGAAUCAAGUGUGUGACGUGCAUGAAACGUGCUGGUGGCAAGCGUAUUGCAAUCUCGGCCUGUUCUGAUGGAUUACUGGUCUUCUGGAAUGUGAAGAAAAGCAAAAUCGUGAAGUUGUCCUCUGGAGAGAUACCAGGAAGACCGAUAUGUAUGACUACGUUUUGAAGCCUGUGUCAUGGUGCUAUAGCAAGCCGUUGUUUCAACUUGCAACUCGCCAGUGAGAUAGUAUCUUCCUAUCAACUGGCUUUGACUAUUUGCUGUGACAAUUUUGAUGCUGGCAUCAGUUUUGUUUCUUUUGCUUUUAUUCAUAACGUCCGGAGGACAGCCGUUUUCACUUGCAGGCAAGCAUGUACACAACAGACAAAGCA